UUGGGGGAAGUGCUUAGUCAAACUCAAAAGCUUUAAAAACAACAGGGCUUUACCGUCUGUUUGGGUCACAGAACAGAGAGAGAAGAGGUAGAUACAGUCCAGGCUGCCAGGGAGAGACAAUGCGCUCUCUCUUGACGCUGUGGCUGUUUGCAGCCCUGCCAGAUCUGCUGUGGGCCUCACAUACCACUCUGAUUGUGGAGGGGGACAAUGAUGCCUCUAGGAUCUGCAAACCUGCCCCCAACUGGGACAUUAAGGGACAUGCGCCCAUGAAAGACCUGCUGGGAAAUGUGGCUGUGGUGGCGCUACUGAAGGCUACCUGACAAUUCUGCCUCACUCAGGCAUCCAGAAUUGGAGGCCUGCGUGACAAGCUGAAUCGAAACAACCUGACAGACGUGUCUUUCAUAAUAGUAAACGAGCGCGAGCCUCAUUCCAGAGCAAUGUAUUGGGCGCUGAAGAGAAGCGCUCCUCAAGAGGUCCCCGUGUAUCAGCAGGAACCUCUUCAAAAUGACGUGUGGGAGGCUCUGGAUGGUGACAAAGAUGACUUCCUGAUUUACGAUAGGUGUGGUCUCCUCACCUUCCACAUAGUGAUGCCUUACAGUUUCCUGCAUUACCGUUUCGUAGAGGCCGCAAUCACAGCUACUUAUCUGAAAAAUAUCUGUAACUGCACUAAUAAUUCUACUUCAUCAGCCGGUGCUAACAACAUCACAAAGAAUGGCACAGCUCAGCCUGAUGAUGGUGAUGAUUCAGAGGUGGGAGACGCAGCUUCGGGUGGGACUCAUCAGCACAGCCACCACCACCAUCGUCAUCUCCCUAAUCACCCCCAUCACCACGAUCAACAUUCCAGUCACCAGAAUCAGUCGCUACAUCAGCAAGAUACAAAUCAGAAUAAUUCUCCUCACCAUCACCAUCAGCCCCACCACAACCACCAUGGCAACGGCGGUGAUUAGUAAUUUGCGUUAGUUUAGUCUGAUUAGAAUCUGAUGAUUCACAUCAGUGUGUUUUGGCUUUAGCAGUUUAAAUUCAUUGUUUUUAUUCUUUUUCAUUUUAUUUUAAACAGUAAUUAUACUGUGGUUUCUCUCCUGGCUUUCCACACUCCACAUCUCUGUGUGGACAAAGUAACUGAUCUCCCUGUCUUCUCCCAUUAAUGAAGUCUACAGCAUGAAACCUGCUCGCAGGAAACUGUGGAUGGAUGUGUGCGGAGGGACGGGAUGGACCGAAGGUUACUGUCACCCACACAGAGACAGCGGAGGGUGUGCGCUGCAGCCGAGCAAACCUCAGUCAGAUUACUGUUUAUCGUGGAUAUGACUACCGUACCACCAUUAAUAUAGUUUUCCCAUCCAUACAUUUUCAUGCCGGAACACAUUUGUAGUGAUGUGUGAGUGCUACCAUUUUUUCUUUUUCUUUUUUCUUUUUCUUUUUUACAUAUGUUCAAGGGAUUUGGGAGGUGAUUUAGAAACGAAUAAACUAAUCACAUUUAAUUAUUAGUGUGUCACAUCAUGUAAAAGGCAUUUGUAGUGGGGAUCUUUUUCAGUUUGAUUCACCUGUUUUCACUGUGUACAGAAACACAAAGUGUUACAUGGUUUACUUGAGUGUAGUAAGCUACAGUGCACGCUUAUCCACUACACGUUUGCUGUGUGACUCACGUUUCUUAUGCUUUGAGUGUGUGUUGAAUGAAACUUUAAAUCGUUUUGGUUUAUAAAGCAGAUAUAUGGACAAAGUGAUUUGAUUAAAAAGUAACAUUAAAACGGA